GAUAUAUUAAGCAUAAAACAAUAUCCAAAAUAUUGCAUACACAUGAGUUUAAUUAUCACCAAAGCAAUAAAGGAAGUCAGAGGAACUUGGAACAGCUGGAAAAACCUUCUAAGUAACUGUUACGUAGAACUCUGCUCCUGAUAAUAAUUUGUUGAUGGGCUUUGGGUUCAUCCCUUCAUCCCCCUUCUUCCCCCAACAAUGAGGCCCUGUUGGAUUUAAAAUUCUGGUGAGCAACAAAGCCUUGAAACAGCGAUAGAUGAAAUGGACAACAGACACACAAAGAUGGGUUAAAACUGAACAGUAACAGAGAGAAGUGCAAAUACAAUAGUAAGAUACCGUUAGGGACAUGGCUUCUUCUACUUUUAAUAUGCCAAACAACAGGUGUUGAAAUUCAGCCCCACCAAUCUGAGCAUUGAACCUUUGUUCAUGGAAAGAAGAAAAUUGAAGUUGAACGUUCCAGGAAGAAACUGACACCGAGCAAUUGAAUUUCUCAGCUCAGCUCAAAAACAUAAGCAUCUGAUGGACUAGAUAUGUCUUCAUACUGUCACUGAAGCAGCCUCAGUCAACAUCUCAUUUCAUUUUAUUGGGGGUGGGAGGGUGUCGUGAAGCAUUUUAGUAACCCAUAGAACCAAACAAAUUUCAUAGGGAGACAUACAAGAAGAUUUCUUCUCCAGUAAACUGUAAUGUAGUCUUUGACUGUGUUUUAGAUGCUGAUGGAAACAUGGCAUGGAACAGUCAACACCUAGGACUUGGUAAUCAGAGAUCAGCACAGUACUUCAACAGCAUACCAAGAAACAUGCCACCAGGGCAACAUCAUAUGCCAGACAAUGCAUCACUGGGCCAAUAUCAUAACAGUGAGCAACUGGUUGCUGGCUAUUCAUGGCAUGAAACACAUCACCAGAGGCAACAGUGUGAAAGAGAACAGCCUUCUCCUGGAUACUUUCAGCAGGAAAAUUUGGAUAACCAGAUUAAUCCAGCAGAACAACCUGCUUUGUUCAGCUCUCCUUUAGAGUUAGGCCGCAGGUGGUACCGUUUGCACAGAACAUGCUAUCGCCAGCAAAGAAGCCAAAAUUUUGGUUUCACAGUUGUUUCAUAUAAUGUGUUGGCUGAUGGCUUACUCAAUGCACACAGUGAUUUGUAUGCUGGAACAGAGCAAUGGCUACAACAAUGGGAGUACAGGCGGAGAAAUUUACUGAAAGAAAUUCUUAAUUACAAAGCAGAUGUAAGUGAUAUUACAAUAAAAGUGUUCAAUUAGCCUACAAAUACAGCCAUCUCUCAUCAAUCCUCACCGCCAGGGACGUUUCAUAGGAGUGACACCUGCGCCUCAAUGUCAGAAAUGCCAUACUAAUGAUGGAAAUCAGUGUUUACAUUUUUAGCCUGGUAGUCAUGGGGUUGUAAAUAAAAAUUUGUUCGAAUUUAUGUGUCACCUGGUCUUUUGUGGCAAAGUUUUGAGUUCUUCUGUGAAUGAGCUGCAGCAAAUAAAUUCCAUACCUCUUCUAAAGAAGAAUAUUUUUCACAAGUAAUGACUGUAGAUUUAUUUGCAUUUACAUUUGACCUUUGUGUGGUUUUGUCUCUUGUCCGUCAUACAUAAAUGACAGCUAAAACAAUAAAACUAUAAAACCACAUAGAUCAAUCAGAGCUCCUGACCAGGUUCUGGACAGAUUAUAUUUUUACAUCAUCAGUAUCAAAUUUCUGUUGUUGAGUUGCAGACAUCUCUCCAGCAAAACAUCCCUACUUGCAAGGAGCGAAGAAAGAUGGCUGUAUUUACAGGCUAACCUUAAAUAGAUGGUUGUCCAAUUGCUCAACUGACUGAUAGUGUUACCCUAGUAACUGCUUAAUGUUCCCCUUAAAAUAGGGUAAGGUUUGCACCAUCUUAUCUGGAACCAAGGUAUAGAACUGGAUAAGGUGUUUAAAGAAAGACGUGUUUUUAUUAUAAUAGUUAUCUUUGUGAUGAACACUUUAAAUGAAGACCUUGUUAAAUGGGGGAGCAAACGAAAGCAUUUGAUGGUUAGUUGGGAUCAUUCAUCGUACAUGCAAAAAGGGUCUAUUAUGUCAGUAGGUCUGAAAUAGGGUGGGAACAAUAUUUCCUGUACAACAGAGUAACAAAUAUACUGCUCACCACUACCCAAAUUUUCCAGGAGAGACCCUUCCCCAGGUGUCAUUAAAGUACUCUUAAUCAGUAGAUAAAUUUGUUUGCUAAAUAUCAACAAAAAAUAUGUCAACAUUUUUAAAUUAAAGACAGUUAAUUUUUGUAAGAAUCUUCUCUUUUUUCCUUUGUGGUUGGUGAGAUAGUCUUUCUAGGUAAAAGUUAAGGCACAUACGAGCCAAAAGCCCAAAGGGUUUCCUUAGCAUGAAGCAUGUCUAGGAGUAUUGCUACUCCCCCCUGGAUGGGAUGUUAGUCCAUCACAGGGUUACCCCCCAGUAGUAUGUCGCCAGUAUCCAUUUAAACACCUGUGUGAGGAGAGACAAAGUGGAGUAUAGUUCCUUGUGUAAUGAAACAACGUGAUAGGCGAGACUUGAACUCCAGACUUCCAGAUCUGGAGUUCGAGGUGUUAACCGCUCGGCCACAUACGCCUCUACUAUAGUCUUUCUAGAGAUAACAACAUGGAAACUGUAGUGAAUGUGUAACUUUCACUGUAUUUAUUUAGAUCUCUUGUAGUCACAGUAAAACAUAGUGGCAAAGUUAAAGUCUGUGUAUUUGUGUUAAACCUUGCAAGGAUUAUUUUCAUUCUGUUUAGAUUGUCUGUCUUCAAGAAGUAGAAGAAUGCCACUACCAAGAUUGGUUUGAACCAAAGCUAAGAGAAAAAGGUAAAAAUAUUAUUAUUAUGUUCAGACUUCAUGCUACUGUCCACCCCACUCUGUUCCACUCCACUCUUACUCAGUUUGCUUUUGCUACUCCAUUCCGCUCUGCUUAGCCUGUGAGAGCAGACAUCUUUUUCAGCUGUUGUUUUCAAGAGCCAAAAAAGGCAUCUGCUCUCCAGGCUACACUCUGAUCUGUCUACUUUUUUUGUUCCUGACAUUUACAGUGAGUCACAGCAAAGUCAUCACUGUGAGUUCUUGGUAUUUUGGCAGAAACUUGAAAAAAAGCAAAAAAUGGGUAGUGGCUGUAAGUCCCACUUCCUUUAAGUUCCAAGAGUGACCAACAUCAAUUUUCUCUUAACAUUAUCCAUACAUAAUCAAGAGAAUAGGUUAUGAGAAUCAAUAAAAUGAUCACCAAGGGGUCAAAUUCUCUCAUUAACCCUUUAAGUCCCAAUAGUGACUAAUGUCAAUUUUCUCCUAACGAUAUCCAUACAAUGUCAAGAGAUUAGGUUAUGAGAAUUAAUAAAACGAUCACCUAAGGGAAACUGCCUUGAUCUUUUAACAAAUUCUCUUGACUUAUUCAUGAAGGAAAUGUAUAGAGAUCAGUUUGGAGAAUUUGUAUGUGGAUAUUGGGGCUUAAAUUAAAUCCUUUAAGGAAAUGUAUGGAGAUCAGUUUGGAGAAUUUGUAUGUGGAUAUUGUGGCUUAUCGGUAUAUGCUGUUUUACAGAGUGCUUGUUAUCUAUUUUGGGAAUUUUUUACUCUUAUACAGGUUACAGUGGAGUGUACAAAAAAAGAACUGGUGACAAAACUGAUGGAUGUGCGACAUUCUUCAAAGCAUCGAGGUUUACGUUGGUGAAAACCAAGCUGGUUUCUUUCAGAAAACCGGAAGUCAAACUGAUGGACCGUGACAAUGUAGCUGUUGUGUUACUUUUAGAGCCGAGGACAGCAGUACGCUCCUCGCAUCAGGCAGCCAAUUCAGUGUGUGUGUCCAACACUCACUUAUUGUUUAACAAGAAAAGGGGAGACAUCAAGCUUUCACAACUAGCUUGCUUGUUAGCUGAAAUUGCUGAGAUAGCAGCCAUUUCCACAUCUGAUCAAGGUGAUAUUCGUCACCAUCCUAUCAUAUGUUGUGGGGACUUUAAUAGCGUUCCAUUUUCUCCAAUUUACGAAUUUGUCGUGCGGGGAUUGCUGGAUUAUAAAGGAAUGCAUCGUGAUAAUUUUUCAGGGCAGAACCAUUUUCGAAACAGUUUUCCACCAAGACAGGCCCUCUCAAGCAAUCUUAUUCCAUGGGAAUUGGGAAUUACAACGUCUGGCGUCAAAAGAAACGAUUCACAAAAAGCAAAUCCUGCCGCGAGCUAUGAGCCUAGUAAUUCAGCAAACAGUACGGAAGACAAGAUAAAAGGUGGUAACUCAGAUUGUGGAAGUACUGGUCAAGAAGCUGUUGGAAACAGUGCUGGGAUAAAGAAGACACAAGAGGAAAAUCUCAGUUUAACUUCCAGUCAGUGCAGUAAAGGGGAAAAUAGCGACAUUUACUUAGCAUGUUCUAGCACAUCUUUACCAAAUAAAGAUUCGCAGUCACUCGUUUGCUUGGAGGUUGGAGAGACUUGGCCGGAAGGGGAACUAACUGCCCCUCCUCCUACAGAGAACAAAACGGAGCAAGAUUUGUACAAUGCAUGUACAACACAGCAACAUCCUUUCAACUUCUUCAGUGUCUACAGGCAUUACUUCAAAAACCGACGACCGGAAGUGACCACGUUUCAUCAUCGAGCAUGCACCACUGUUGAUUAUAUGUUCGUAUCUCCUGGGCUUCAACGGUCUUGUCGCAGGUGCCGGUCUCGACAUGGACCCUUACAACUGACUGGUAAACUGGAUCUUCUUUCCGAGGAUGCUAUUUGGGAUCUUGGCGGACUUCCUAAUAAGUUCCUGUCUUCUGAUCAUCUGUCGUUGGUAUCAUCAUUUUUAUUGCACGUUUGA